AUGUCUACAGCACAAGUGCAAGUAGAGAUGGAGUUUGGUAAGGUAGGACAGUAUUUCAAAUACUAUAAAUUCAGCCCAGAGAUGAAGAUAAAGUCAAAAACAUUGCCUGCGACAAUAUACAUAUUAUUUACUACGUUCAAAAACUUCCAUACUUGUAUCAAUGGGUCCGCAACGUCAGAAAUGUUUGGUAUUCAACCACCAAACAUACAAGAUUAUAUCAGGGGUCUUGCAUGUGAUCCCGUAUUAGAAGACACAGUUGAUACUGUAGACACUACUCUACAUAAUGCUCCCAGAUUGGUAGAGUCUAUUCUACUUGAUACAUAG